AUGUCUCAGUCCACUGGAUGGGAGUUUAUCUUUAUCACACCAUCAAACACUGAAUCCACUGAAACUACAGGAACUAAAACAAUCAGAUCUGUGCGAGUCUCUGAUGGAGGAGAGUACAAGUGCAGAGCUGGAAGAGGAGACCCUCAGGUUUACACACAAUACAGUAAACCAAUAACAGUGACAGUACAGGAAAGACCAACACCUCUGUUGUCUGUUGACCCUGCUGAUCAUGUAUUCGGAGGAGAAACUGUCAAUCUCACAUGUGUCAUCAAUGGAGGAGGAGUCAGCAGCUGGCAGUACAGCUGGUAUAAAGAUGAUUCAAUCAUCCAGCAGAAUAAACUUCAGUAUUACACAAUCAGAUCUGUUACUGAGUCUGAUGCAGGUAAAUACACCUGUAGAGGAACAGAGAUCAGAGGAUCACGAUCCUCACACAUCAGUAAUGCAGUUACACUGACAGUAUCAGGAUCAAAACCAAAACCUAAACUCACAUCAGAUACUGAAGGAUCUGUACUGACAGGUAGCACAGUGACUCUGAAGUGUCACAUUGAUCAGUCUACUGGAUGGAAGUUUUACUGGUACAACAACACACAAAACACUGAGAAGACGACAACAGAAACAAACUCUUACACAAUCCACAGUGUUAAAGUUUCAGAUGGAGGUCAGUACUGGUGCAGAGCUAGAAGAGAAAAAACAGACUAUUACACAGACUACAGUGAUGGACUGUGGAUAAAUGUUACAGCCGCAGGGUCUUCAUCUAGUGGUCUUAUUGUUGGUCUGUGUCUUGGUCUGAGCAUCGUGUUUUUCAUCUUUUUCUUGGUCCUGCUGUGGUGCUACAAAAACAAAAAACUCUCUCAGUCUCCGUCAGCUUUCAGUCCACAGCAGAACAUCAGUCAGACAUCAGAUCAGAAACAGACUGAAGAUGGUUAUAAUCACCUGCAUACUGGAGAGGCUCAUCUUUAUGACUCUGUUAAUACAACAGACAAUAAAGACACAAGAACAGACAAUGUAAAUGAAUCAGCUGAUCUCACCUAUGCUGAUAUUGAACUGAAACCUAGGAAAGAAAUGAAGAAAAAGAAAGAGAAGAAAGGGAAUAACAGUGAAGGUGGUGAUAUUGUGUACCCUGAACUGAAGAAACCGAGAGAUGAAGAUGUUGCUGGAUCUGUUGAUGUGACUUAUGCUCAGAUUAAAAGAUCAUAGGAGAAAAUGAUACCAAUAUAGUAACUAAUGCUUAAUAUUAUCAAUCCAAACCUUCAUGCUUACUAUUGAUUUUUCUAAUAGCAUAAAGGAGAAUAGGUGCGGUUUAGCACUUAAAAUGGUUUCCCUAUGAUUACAAGCAAGUGAACCAGUUAGCACCAUUUUUUUAAAGAGUGUACAUUAAUAAACUUUUCAGUACAGUACAUACUCAUAAUGGCACAAAUGCCACAGCAAGACUGUUGAUCUCUAAACACUUUGUUUGUCUCUUGAUACUUUUCAACCUAAUGGCCUAAAAGGGUACAUAGUGAUAUACAAAAGUAAUAUUUUUCUGUACACUGUAACAAAUGUCUGUAAAAUAAACAAAUCCUUACUGUAGACAUUUGUGCAGAAUUCCGAAUUAUGUAAAUUAAAUCCUGUGUAAACUCACCAUUUAUAACAUGGGCAUUUCCUAAAAAAAUAUUCAAUUAUCAAAAUUCUGUUUGUUAUCAUUUAUUUAUUUUUAGUUACUGUCAUAAAAUGCCUUCAUUUAUUUUCAAAUAAAAAUAGGGUGCACCAAAGUCCCUUUAGGCAAGUCACGCUACUAGACGGCCAUCUUUGCAACGCCUUAGGGAAGUUAUUUUAAUCAUGCAAGUCUUAUCUACUUUAAUAGGGAAAGACAAAUAUCUCUAAAAUUACAUGCUAAAGUCACAAUAAAACAACAUCUCUCUGACCAACAAUUAAUCCUUGCAUCUACUGUACCAUAACUUUCUUUCUUAAUCUCAAAUUGAGUUAAUUAAACACUUAUUUUGUAGUUUCAGCUUCUGUUAAUGCACACAGGUUGACAAGCACCAGGGUUGCCAGGUUUUAAUAGCAAAACCUGUCCAAUUGCUACUAGCCCAAAACUUGCCCAAUCGAAACUUUAAUCAUUAUUCUCCGAUUAUUCACCAUCAAAAGUCAGGCCCCUAUAGUGUACAGUGAUUAUAAUUACAUUUUAUAUUAACUUACUAUUAUUCUCAUGGAUUUUGUUGCGUAUUUGACAUUUGUUAUCUUGUUUAAUAAAAGACUUAAAGUUUAUAAAAAAUACUGUAUCAUGUUAAAAAUGUGUUAUGCUUAUGUGUUUGUUUUGUGCAAAUUUGUACAGAAUUUGGGAUUUUAAAACUAUUUUGUGUUUACUCCUCAGUUUUUUACUGUAUUUUUAGUAUGUUACAGUUCUUAAGAAUAUUCUCACCAUAUUUAUUUGCAUUAUUAAUUCUCACUUUGCGCUUUCUGUAAAUAAAGAU